AUGGUGGCACCCGUGUUGGAGACGUCUCACGUGUUUUGCUGCCCGAACCGGGUGCGGGGAGCCCUGAGCUGGAGCCCCGGGCCCGGAGGGCUUAUGGCCUUCGGCACGUCCUGUUCCGUGGUGCUCUAUGACCCUCAGAAAAGGGUUGUUAUCACCAACCUGAAUGGUCAUGCUGCUCGAGUCAAUUGCCUACAGUGGAUUUGUAAACAGGAUGGUUCUUCUUCAACUGAAUUAGUUUCUGGAGGAUCUGAUAAUCAAGUGAUUCACUGGGAAAUAGAGAAUAAUCAGCUUUUAAAAGCAGUCCCCAUCUAUGGCCAUGAAGGCCCUGUUUAUGCUGUGCAUGCUGUUUACCAGAGGAGGGCACCAGACCUUGCUUUGCACACACUGAUAGUGUCCGCGGCUUCCGAUUCUACUGUUCGAAUCUGGUCUAAAGAGGGUUCUGAAGUGACAUGCCUUCAGACCUUGAACUUUGGAAAUGGAUUCGCUCUGGCUCUCUGCUUGUCUUUUUUGCCUAAUACUGAUGUGCCAGUAUUAGCAUGUGGCGAUGAUGACUGCAAAAUUCACUUAUUUGUUCAACAAAACAGUCAGUUUCAGAAAAUGCUUUUUCUCUCUGGACAUGAGGAUUGGAUAAGAGGCGUGGAAUGGGCAGCCUUUGGUCAAGAUCUUUUCCUAGCAAGCUGUUCACAAGAUUGCCUGAUACGCAUAUGGAAACUGUAUAUAAAAUCAACAUCUUUAGAAACUCAGGAAGAUGAUAAUAUAAAACUGAAAGAAAAUACUUUUACUGUAGAAAAUGAAAGUAUUAAAAUAACAUUUGCAGUUACUCUGGAGACUGUACUAGCUGGUCAUGAAAACUGGGUAAAUGCAGUUCAUUGGCAGCCUUCAUUUUACAAAGAUGGUAUCCUACAACAGCCAAUGAGAUUGUUGUCUGCCUCAAUGGAUAAAACCAUGAUUCUCUGGGCUCCAGAUGAAGAGUCAGGAGUUUGGCUAGAACAGGUUCGAGUAGGAGAAGUAGGUGGCAAUACCCUGGGAUUUUAUGAUUGCCAGUUCAGUGAAGAUGGCUCCAUGAUCAUCGCUCAUGCUUUCCACGGAGCAUUGCACCUUUGGAAACAGAAUGCUACCAAUCCAAAAGAGUGGACUCCAGAGAUUGUUAUUUCAGGACACUUUGAUGGUGUCCAAGACCUAACGUGGGAUCCAGAAGGAGAAUUUAUCAUCACUGUUGGUACUGACCAGACAACUCGACUUUUUGCUCCUUGGAAGAGAAAAGAUCAGUCACAGGUGACUUGGCAUGAAAUUGCAAGGCCUCAGAUACAUGGAUAUGACCUUAAAUGUUUGGCAAUGAUCAAUAGGUUUCAGUUUGUGUCUGGAGCAGAUGAAAAAGUUCUUCGAGUAUUUUCUGCACCUCGGAAUUUUGUGGAAAAUUUUUGUGCCAUUACGGGUCGGUCACUGAAUCGUGUGCUUUGUAAUCAAGACGGUGAUCUUCCAGAAGGAGCUACCGUCCCUGCUUUGGGAUUAUCCAAUAAAGCUGUCUUUCAGGGAGAUAUGGCUUCUCAGCCUUCUGAUGAAGAGGAGCUGUUAAAUAGUGCUGGUUUCGAGUAUCACCAGGUGGCCUUCCAACCCUCCUUACUUACUGAACCUCCCACUGAGGACCAUCUGCUGCAAAAUACUUUGUGGCCUGAAGUUCAAAAACUAUAUGGACAUGGCUAUGAAAUAUUUUGUGUUGCUUGUAGCAAUUCAAAGACUCUGCUUGCCUCAGCUUGUAAGGCAGCCAAGAAAGAGCAUGCCGCAAUCAUUCUCUGGAACACUGCAUCUUGGAAGCAGGUGCAGAAUUUAAUCUUCCACAGUUUGACUGUCACACAGAUGGCCUUCUCUCCUGAUGACAAGUUCUUACUCGCUGUUUCCAGAGAUCGAACCUGGUCACUGUGGAAGAGGCAGGACACAAUCCCACCCGAGUUAGACCCAGUCUUCAGCCUCUUUGCCUUCACUAACAAAGUCACUGCUGUGCACAGCAGGAUUAUUUGGUCUUGUGAUUGGAGUCCGGAUGGCAAGUAUUUCUUUACUGGAAGUCGGGACAGAAAGGUGGUUGUCUGGGGUGAGUGCGACUCCAGCGACGACGCCAUCGAGCACAGCAUCGGGCCCUGCUCCUCCGUCCUGGACGUGGGUGGAGCUGUGACCGCCGUCAGCGUCUGCCCGCUGCUUAACCUUUCCCAACGAUACGUGGUUGCAGUAGGAUUAGAGUGUGGAAAGAUUUGUUUAUACUCCUGGAAAAAGACCGAUCAAGUUCCAGAAAUAAACGACUGGAUCCGCUGUGUAGAAACAAGUCAAAGCCAAAGUCAUACACUUGCUAUCAAAAAAUUACGCUGGAAGAAUUGUAAUGGAAAUGAACAGAAGGAAGGAGGAGGUGCUAAAUGGCUGCAGUUUGCAAGUUGCGGUGAAGAUCACGCCGUGAAGAUACACAGAGUCGACAGGGGUGCGCUGUAG